UUGCUGCAAAAAGACACUGAUCCUGGGGAGAAACGUCAACAUGAAGACAUCAUUUGUUGCCCUGUGGCUGUUACCCUGUAUGAUAUAUGGGGCUCACGUGCCUGUACCAAUAGAAACCAAAAACGUCGCUACUGUAUUUGCGGCCACCAAUGCUGAAAUUACAUCUCUCUCUGAGCAAUUGUACUCUUCGGAUGUGAACAAAGCUGCAUCUAGUGACAUAACCCUGAAUCUUCAGUACAAAGCAAGCAGCUCACAGACCUCCUCAGGAACAGACUUUGCAAGCCAAAAGCUUUUUAGCUAUGUGAAUGAAGCCAAACUGUUUGCCCGCCCAACCUUUGCCAGAUUCAAAGCUUUGCUUGACAAUUAUAUAACGAUAACAGGAACUGCAGAGUCAGUGCCCACAGCAGAAGUGCAGGAACAAACAGCGUUCUUAGAUGAGGUCUUCAAAACCACUCUCAUGUCCAAGCUAACCUCUUUCUUAAUCUCCAAAGGUUACUAUACAUCAGAAGCUAGCUUUAAGUCUGACCUAAAGGAGAUGUGGUUUGGUCUUUACACCCGUACCAAGGGCCCAUUGGAUUCUUCUGGUUUUGAACACGCUUUUCAUGGUGAGAUCCAUAACGGGAAGAUAUCUGGAUUCCACAACUGGGUGCAACUGUAUCUACAGGAGAAAUCAGGCCAACUCAACUAUUUGAGUUACAGCGUUGAUGGACCAUGGACCACUUAUCCUGACGUAUAUGGACUACAAAUCAGAUGGUCUUCCUAUCUAAAAACACUGAGCUCCAUGUUCAUUGGAAGUAGUCCAGAGUUUGAGUUGGCAAUCUACACUCUCUGCUAUGUAACCCGUCCUGAUGCUUUGUGCACUGUCAGCCUGGGUGGCAAAACACUGCAACUUCAAACCUACACCUGGGCCAAUUCAACCUAUGGAAGUGGCAAAAGAUAUGUUGCAUCUUCUUACCCUGUCGUUUAGUGAAAGCAGCAUGAUUUUAAUAAACAUAUAAACUUGCA